AAUAUUUGGGGAGACAUUGAUUUUUCUUCCGUGCUCCCCCGUUCUUCCCUGCGGAGUGCGCUGCGCCGCCCAGCCCUGUCGCCCCCCGGAGGUGAUCCCUCCCUCCUGCCUGCUCGCCAGCCUGACCUGUGCCCGGCUCGCGGGCCGCAGUCUCGGCCCCGGCGCGCCCCCGGCAGCUCUCGGCGCGAUGAGCAUAGAGACGCUACUGGAGGCAGCCCGCUUCCUGGAAUGGCAAGCGCAGCAACAACAGAGAGCACGUGAGGAGCAGGAGCGGCUUCGCUUGGAGCGAGAGCGGGAGCAGGAACAGAAGAAGGCCAGCAGCCUGGCCAGGCUGGCCCAUGCCCUGCCCUUGGAGGAGCCCCGCAUCGAGGCACCACCCCUGCCUCUAUCCCCCCCUGCACCCCCACCGGCACCUCCACCACCGCUUGCCACUCCCACCCCAUUGACUGUCAUUCCUAUUCCAGUAGUGACCAAUUCCCCCCAGCCACUACCCCCGCCCCCCUCACUGCCCCCUGCAGCCCAGCCUCUGCCCCUGGCACCUCGCCAGCCUGCUUUGGUUAGCACCCCUGGACUUAGCAUUAAAGAAUCUGCGCCCCUACCCACCAGGCCACAGGUGCCUACCCCUGCUCCCCUGCUGCCGGACUCCAAGACCAGCCUUCCACCCACUGGCAGCCCCAAGCCUUUGCAGCCCCUCUCCACACCCAUCCUGACCAUAGCACCACAUCCUGGGGUCCAGCCCCAGCUGGCCCCCCAGCAGCCACCCCCACCUACUCUUGGGACCCUGAAGUUGGCACCGGCUGAAGAAGUCAAAUCCAGCGAACAGAAGAAGAGGCCUGGGGGGAUCGGAACCAGAGAAGUCCACAACAAAUUGGAGAAGAACAGGCGGGCCCAUCUGAAGGAAUGCUUUGAGACUCUGAAACGCAACAUCCCCAACGUGGACGACAAGAAGACGUCAAAUUUGAGCGUGCUGCGGACCGCGCUGCGGUACAUCCAGUCCCUGAAGAGGAAGGAAAAGGAAUAUGAGCAUGAGAUGGAGCGGCUGGCGAGGGAGAAGAUUGCCACACAGCAGCGGCUGGUCGAGCUCAAGCACGAGCUGAGCCAGUGGAUGGACGUGCUGGAGAUUGAGCGUGUGCUCCGGCAGACAGGCCAGCCUGAGGACGACCAGGCCUCCACCUCUACCGCCUCUGAGGGUGAGGACAACAUAGACGAGGAAAUGGAGGAGGACCAGGCCGGCCUGGGCCCGCCUAAGCUGAGCCAUCGCCCCCACCCGGAGCUGCCGAAGCCACCGCCCAGCACCGCCCCCGCGCCUCUGCCAUCCCACCCACACCCUCACUCCCAGCCUGUGACCCUGUCUCCUGCCCACCUGCCUGGGCAGCAGCCGCCGACACAGAAGACACCUCUGCCAGCCCCUCCUCCCCCACCAGCUGCCCCUGCCCAGACACUGGUGCCUGCUCCAGCCCACCUGGUGGCAGCAGCUGGGGGAGGCUCCACGGUCAUCGCUCACACAGCCACCACCCACGCCUCAGUCAUCCAGACUGUGAACCAUGUUCUACAGGGUCCAGGCGGCAAGCACAUUGCCCACAUCGCCCCCUCGGCCCCCAGCCCUGCUAUGCAGCUGGCACCUGCCACACCCCCCAUUGGCCACAUCACAGUGCACCCUGCCACGCUCAACCAUGUGGCCCACCUUGGCUCCCAGCUGCCCCUGUACCCGCAGCCUGUGGCUGUGAGCCAACCCGUGGCCGUGGGCCACAUUGCCCACACCCUCUCGCACCAGCAAGUGAAUGGCACAGCCGGGCUGGGUCCCCCGGCCACUGUCAUGGCGAAGCCAGCCGUGGGGGCUCAGGUGGUACACCACCCCCAGCUGGUGGGCCAGACAGUGCUCAACCCCGUGACCAUGGUCACCAUGCCCUCCUUCCCAGUCAGCACACUCAAGCUGGCUUGAAGAUGAGGCCACUCAGAGGCCCCCAGUGGGGGCAACAUGGGGGACCUAUCCCCCACUUUCCCACCCACCAGCUCCACACAUUCCAGCCAGGCCCAGGCCCACCCCACCCACACCCACCCCCAGGCCUCCUAGGGGAAGGGGGUGCAGAGACUCUGAGCCAGGGGAGGGAGGGGCCACCCCAGGGAGCUGGGCACAGGCAGGGGAUUCCUUCACUGCACUAGGACUUGAUAAAAUGAGAGACUGAUGAACAAGCUCACGUUGGCCUGGUGCCAACUCCAGUGCCCUUCCUGCUUCUUCACCCUGUCCCCUGAAACCAGUUAGACGUGGAUGUCAUGUUCUCUGGCUUCCUCUACCCUGCCCGCCUUCCUUGCUGCUGCUGCUAUUGCUUUGUCUGGGAGGGGGCCUGCCCCUCCCAAGCCUCAGCCUUCACUUCCCAGACUUUUGAAGGGGAAAAGGGGAAGCAGAACUGAAGCAACUUGGCCCAGAACUCUGGGGACCAGGGGCCCUGCUCUGAGUACAGGUAACAUCCUAGGAACUCUGGGGACCAGGGGCCCUGCUCUGAGUACAGGUAACAUCCUAGGAACUCUGGGGACCAGGGGCCCUGCUCUGAGUACAGGUAACAUCCUAGGAACUCUGGGGACCAGGGGCCCUGCUCUGAGUACAGGUAACAUCCUAGGAAGUGGCUGGUCUUGCGCUCCACCCUGCCUGGGCUCUCCAACCCAAAUGCAGUCACUGUGAUUCGUUACAGCAGAAACUAGUUAAGACGAUUCUACCAUCAGUAAACCACACCCAAGCUGUUACCAAGCUUCCUGAGCCCGCCAAACCUUGCCACCGGAUUCUUGGUCCCAGGAGGGCAGGCAAAGGGUGGAGUGGAGGGGCUUGGCCCCCCAGCCUCAUCGGUGGGCACACACUAUCGGCCUCUGCUUGGUGCUGUGCACUCCCUGCAGGGGUGGUUUCCUCCUGCAGCCUGGGCGACGUAGACCAGCAUCUGGUCUAGGAUCCAGAAGCUUGGCCAGCCCCUUCCCAAAUGGUCUGGGAAGCUGCAGCGGGAGCAGGGCCAAACAGUGGAGGGCUUGUGCCUCGGUCUCUACUCAUCUUCCUGACUGUCCUUCCCUCCAGUGGGCUGUUCUGAGUGUACCCACCGUGGGGAGGCUGCCACUGCCUUCCUCUUCACUUAGCUGAGCUUGGGGUGGUGAUGGGGGAGGGGCUGUGUGUGGGUUGCUUUCCCUGCCUCAGCCUACAACUUUGGCUUCUUCUAUGUGGGUAUUCAUUACAAGUGGCCUUUGUGUCAGACACUCAGUUACACACACACAUGCACACUCAGCUCCCCACCAAUGGCCUUUCAGUUUUGGGGGGGAAGGAAAGUGUCCCUAGGUGUGAAGUCUGUGUUGACAGGCUGGGGGAGGUGACAGUGUCAGGUGGGAUGAGACAGAAAUCAACAAAGAUCUUGAAUAGAUUUAAACACCUAAUAAUCCCCUUUCAUUUUCUUCCUGGUCCUGGGGACUUUCCAGGCAACUGUUUUCUCAUCUGUUUCUCCUUGGGGUGGGGAAAGGGAAGGCCUUUGAUGCCUUAGAGGCCUCUGGGUAGGAGCCCCUGUGCCAGCCCAACUCAGUGCUCCCUCAUAAGCUUGCUGCCUUUCUGUACCUGCAGCCAUCUCCACCCUUAUUCCAGCAGGAGCUGGUUUCACAAAUUCCAGUGAUUUAUGGUGAAAAGAGCAGAGGGGAGAUGGUAGGCUUGGCACCCAGGGAACAGAGAAGCAUUGGCGAACUUCCCUCGGCUCUGUUCUCCCUGGUUCUAGAGGCAGUUCAGAGUGCCCCCGGCCUGCAAGAUACCUCAUCUGCCUGCCGCUCCCCCCUUCCCCCCCCAGCAGUGGGGGCCUCCGAAUCUAGUGCCGAAUGACUAUGUCCAGAUUGGUGACAAUGGGUGUUGUUGCUGUUACUUUGUUGUGUUCGUGAAUGCUGUGACACUGUGUGCCCAAGAGAGGCAGCCUCCGGCCAGCCCAUCCUUGGGCAUCUCCCUCUAGAGCGGUCAGGACUGCGUGGGACUGCCUGCCCCCCCACCCCCUCCAGCCCGGGACUCCAGUGUGCAUGGGCACACAUACACAUCUUACCUCUCAUGCGUAUUUUACUUUUUGAUGUUCAGAGUGGCUCACUGGCUGGGAAUCUUUACCUCGGGGAGAGGGGGAGGCUGGUUCCUUGGGGGAGGCCAAAGAAGGGCAGGGAAUGCCUGGAGGGGAAUGGGGUGAUCAUCAUGACCCCUAUACUCUCUAGGAACAGCUUCUCUCCCCUCCCAGGGUUCCACCCCCAUCCCUCAAAGAGGUGGCCCUUGUUUACAGUGAGGACUCGGUCACUGUGUCUCCGUUUCCUGAAAUAUAAACUGUAGCGACCCCAGACUGUAGAGGUUUUUAUGUGUUUGGAUACAUCUGCUGUGUGGGAAAAAAAAAAAAAAAAAAA